CGCUAUAAACAAGUAUUCGAUUAAUCGGUAAUCGACUUAUCUAUCCCUAGCAAAAACAUAUUAGCGGCAUUUGCAACAGAAAAAAAUCAAUAAACAUGCCGGAAAACAUUGAAUUAACUGCCGAGGAAAUCAAAAAACGCAACUUACCAUGGAUUGAAAAAUAUCGACCUGUGAAAUUCGAUGAGAUUGUGGGCAAUGAAGACACUGUGGCUAGACUUUCGGUAUUUGCUACCCAAGGAAAUGCUCCAAAUAUUAUUAUUGCCGGUCCUCCUGGAGUUGGUAAAACGACUACCAUACAAUGCUUGGCUCGCAUUCUAUUGGGGGAGAGCUACAAAGAGGCCGUCCUGGAAUUGAAUGCUUCCAAUGAACGUGGUAUUGAUGUCGUUCGUAACAAAAUCAAAAUGUUUGCCCAGCAGAAGGUAACAUUGCCACGGGGACGCCAUAAGAUCAUUAUAUUGGACGAGGCGGAUAGUAUGACUGAGGGUGCCCAACAAGCUCUUCGUCGCACCAUGGAAAUAUACAGUAAUACCACACGUUUUGCUUUGGCCUGUAAUACCAGUGAGAAAAUUAUUGAGCCAAUACAAUCACGUUGUGCCAUGUUACGUUUCACCAAGCUGUCAGAUGCCCAAAUCUUGGCCAAGUUAAUAGAAGUGUGCCAACGUGAAAAUUUAGAAUACGAUGAGGAGGGUUUGGAAGCCAUUGUAUUUACAGCCCAAGGUGAUAUGCGUCAAGCUUUGAACAAUCUACAAUCCACCGCUCAGGGUUUUGGUAAAAUCACCGGACCCAACGUGUUCAAGGUUUGCGAUGAACCACAUCCUAUGCUUAUACAAGAUAUGCUACAGCAUUGUGCUCAAAAUGAUAUACAUAAGGCCUAUAAGAUAUUGGCGAAACUAUGGCGUUUCGGCUAUGCAGCCGAAGAUAUAAUUGGUAAUAUAUUUCGUGUGUGCAAGCGAUUGAAUGUCGAUGAACACAUGAAAUUGAAUUUUAUUCGAGAAAUUGGUGUAACACACAUGAAAGUUGUAGAUGGUUUGAACUCGUUGUUGCAACUAACAAGUCUGCUGGCAAGAUUAUGUGAAUUAUCUGAAGUAAAUUAAAAAAUCGUUCAAUAUUUUUUUAUUUAAAUGUAAGAUUUAGAUAUAUGGCUAAUAAAUAUAUGAUAUAUGGUUCCAAAAAACAA